AUGGAAACAAAUGGAAUUUCUGAUGAGCUCCAUAGUUUAAGUUUGGACUCACUUGAUGAAACGAAUCAGAACACUGCGUGGUACGGCUUAAUUAAAAAAUUCAACUACGAUCAACUAGACUCACUACGAACAAGAUUUAAAGAAAAAAUUAAAGACGGCAAAGAAAUCGGACUUACCAAAGAACAGUUUUCGGAAUGUAUAGGUCAAAUGUUUGAUGAGACAAAAUAUUUACUCCAAUGCAAUGUUUUAUUUGAGGAUAUAGCGAAAAGUCACACUAGAAUAAAUUGGGAUGACUUCUUAGAUUUUUUAUUAGAAAAUAUCCCGUUGAGAACUGAAAUUCCUGUUAAUUUACACUUGACUUCAGUUGAAUCUAUGCCGCACAUGAACCGCGAAAUUAUAACAAAAAUAGUACUACUCGAAACAGAAAAAUAUUUCUCUUAUGCCGUAAUAUCUAAGCACGGCAUAAUUGGAAUUUACGAUGGCAAUCUUAAUUUUUUGACUUCGUAUCAUGUGAUCAUGACGAGGGAAGAUUUGGAGAGAACCGAUGAUGAAAGAAGAAGAAAAAACCGGUGGGUAACCGAUGCCAUCUUUUGUGAAGACAUACAAAUGCUGUUUGUGGCUAAUUCAACCAGAAGCAUUGCUAUAUAUGAAGCAUCCGGACUCAAACAUGAACCAUAUUGGUUGAUAAUGGGAGUACAUCAUAUAAUUGAGUGUUUAUCGUAUAAAAACCUUUAUCAUACGCAAUCAGACAACAAACUAAAAUGUGCUUUAUUUGCUGGUACCAGUAAUGGAGAUGUAGUUAUGUUCAAAUUUAUUCAGCCGACAACAUUGUUGUUAAGAAGAAAGCAUAUGGACAGAAUAACGUUGUUCUAUUGGGACGAAUUAAAAUAUGAAAAGAUAUACCUGAAAAUUCAGUCCUACAAAGCAGUCCACAACAGCAACGUGGAACAAAUGGAAUAUUGUAGCGUAGAGAAUGCUGUAAUCACUUGCAGUAAAGAUCCGAAUGUAUCGUUGAUGAAGAAAUAUAUGUCGCCGAAUAAACAGCCUUAUAUUUUAAAAAUGAGAAAGGGAUGCAACUGUUUCUCUUUUAGUACAACUCUAAAUAUUUUGGUUACUGGAAGUGAUGAUAAAACAAUAAGAGUAUGGAAUUCGGUAUUAGCUUCCAAUACAAUCGCAGUUUUUACUGGACACCUGCAAAGAAUUAUUGAUGUGUCUAUAAUGGACAACCAAAAAACAAUUUUGUCCUUUUCUGAAGAUGGAAUACUAAAACUUUGGGAAAUAAAUGAAAAUAAAUGUCUUCAAACAAUCAAUAUUGAAUUUCCAGCUUUUAAUAUACUAGGAAAACGUAUAGAAUUUGGUAGAAGAAAUAUUUAUCCAGGUGCCAAACGUAGCUCGAAGCAUUUGCGAUAUAAAGAUGACAUUAGUUUGCAUAAAAAAUAUUUUGGUAUUUCAGAAGUUGAGGAAAGACCACAACUAGAUGAAGAAAUUCGAGGAACACACACCAACAAAUGGGAAAGAUCGAACAUUUUGCUGACGUGUUGUAAUCAUAUUGCCAGCAUACGGACAAAUUUUGAAGACAAUAAUAUUGAAAGAUUAAACGAAACGUCUAUAUUACCCUCUCCUCCUUUACAAAACAGUGUGUUAAUACCCAAUUGUUGGCAGAUACCUAUUACAGAGUUAAAUGAAGACAACCAGUGUAAUGAGGAAGAGAGCACAGAAUCGAACGAGGAAUUAACUUUUAUAACAGAAAAUAAUUCCUUUGAUUUAUGGACUGUGAAAACUGAUAUAAACUACAAGAUUGCAGUACUAGAAGCCAAGAAGAUGCAGAUGAAGGCCCACGUUGCUAGCGGAGCUCCAUAUUUAGCGUUAGAUCUCUCCGAAUUCGAAGAGCUAAAGCUCUCAGACAAUCUUGUAAUACCAGAGAAGAAGGAAAUCAGAAGCACGAUAGAUAAAAUCAAAAAACGUUUGGAAGACGUAUCUAUGAGGGAAAAAGCUUUCUCCGAACCGUCCAGUAGCAGAUCAAAAAAAUCGUCUAGAAGCAGUGUUAUUUCAAUUAUGUAA